AUGCGCCGCACUAUUCUCCCCACCCUUGCAAUCCUGGUUGCCGGCACCUGUGCGCAUGGCGACCACGGCUCCGGGUCCCAGCAGCCCGCUGUGGCCGAUGAUGCCAACUGGAUAACCAAGCACAUGGCAGGCAACGACGGUGUCUGGCAAGGCGAAGAAAUCCUGCGCACCUACGGCCUGUUCGACAAGUCCAACAAGGAUGUGCCCCAAGAGAAGCGGGAUUCCAUCCUGAAAGAGCUGCUGGGUCUUCUCGACCAAAACAGCGAUGGCGAGGUAUCACGCGAGGAGCUAGCCGCCUUCCUAGGCCGAAGUACGCUUCCAGAUAUGGGCACCGGCCCAGGUCAUCACGGAGACGAAGAGUUUGAGUACGAGAUUCACCAUUGGGAAAAGUACCACAACGACGAAACCCAACUCGAGGACCUCACCCACCCCGAAGACAUCGAACACUUCAAGCUACAUGAUAAGAUGGAAGAGGAAGAAGAGAGGCUGGAGGAGCUUAGGAAGCGCAACGUAAUCGAAGAAAAUAUCCCUGCAAUUGGGCAAGAGUCCUCCGUUUACAUGCAGGACCUCGAGAUUACCAAGGUGCGACCUCAGGCUCUCUAUUCGGCCUCGUGCCUUUUGGUUAUCCUCGACAAACACCACAAUCUGCUCAUCCCCAACGAGGUCACAGGUAGGCCGCGCGAGCUCCUCGCCGCAAACCACCCUAACCUUCCACCCGUUGCGCAGGGCGCCCCUCCGCAAACCUUCGACGCUCCACGGAUUGAUCUCCCAGCACAGCACCCUCAUACCCAGCUUCGCGUACGAAAAGACAAAGUAGCCGAUCCCCGCGUAAAGCGUUACGAUUUCAAGAGGGCUCCUCAGUACGUUCUCUUCAGGGACAUCGCCGGCUACCCGACCUGCUCCGUGCUCGCCAACGUGAAGCGGAAUCCCGGCAUUGAUGGCAAGGACUCCUUCUCCUGUUUCAUGCUGCUGUCCAAGACGGCUACCCACGCCGCCUCUGAAAAGGCGCCCGGUGAUAGGAGUACCAUUGGUUCGUAA